AUGUACCUACAGAUGCAAAAAGAGAAAAAGUUGGUUCGGUUUUUUGAGCUGCUAUACCCCAAGUGGUUCAGAUCAGAAAACUCACCUGAUGACAAUGAUGCCAACAUUGACCAAUCUAGUCUUGACUCAGAUGCGGCCAUCAACGAGAUCAUUGCCAAGCUGGACCAUGAAAAUGCUAUAAUUCUUAUCAGUGAUGUUGAAAAACAGAGUAACUUGGAUGCAGAACUUGCCAAGCACACACAAGGCACUCAAAACCUGAAAGAAGUCGAGGUGUACUCACAACUUCACUAUGAAUCAAAAGUCAAGCCCUUGGUUUCAGAUGACAUCAGGGAAAACAAGCUUGCAUUACCUGACCAGAGGCUUCGUGCUGUCUGGCACCACACGAGUGAAUGUUUUGCAAAGGAGUCGGAAGAUGUGAAGGAUGGAGUUCACAUUGAGACUCAACAUAUUAAUACUGCCAGAAAGUUAGGUUCUGUCGCAGCAGGGAAUGAUCGAACAAAAGAGGAGAUUUACCACACAAUUCAAGAGCUGCCAAUUGUCCUUGGUCAGAUAUUCAAGGAACUCUUGACUUUGACUGGUGGAUGGCAUUACUCACUCAUCAUGGGUGGACCAGAUCCUUUGUGUGAAGUUAUCACCAUGGCAAAACCCCAGAUAGUCUAA